GUGGUAAAAAAAAUGAUUCGAGCGAGUCUAAUAAAAAGUUGAAGGUUCGAGAGAGAAGCGUCUCAGAGACUGUGAAAAUCAAAUCAAAAUCCUCUGUUACAGUGCGUGCGACGAUUUGGUCCCCGCCACCACCCCUCCUCCAUCUCUCUCUCUCUCUCCGUCUUGUGCGUCAAUUUGUCUCCUUCUCUCUCUCUCUCCGCGUCUACUUUUCUCCAGAUUACUACUACUAUUCCCAUCUCUGCCGCUUUCUUCGCCUCCUCUGUUCUCACUUUUCAUUUAGUGCUUCAAGGAUCUCACUUUCUCUUUCGUUUCCUUCAAUUGCUACAGCCCUUUUUCUCAGAGCAUUGCACAAAGUGAAAAGAGUCUCCCUACUCUGUUUCUGUCUGCAAGCAGCAACACCAUGCCUCUGUUUGAGCUUUUUAGGCUCUCCAAAGCUGCUCAAGACAAUAACACUUCUCCACCUGUAGAUGAAGUUGUCGAGCUGGUUUGGGAAAACGGUCAGAUUUCAACUCAAAGCAGAUCAAUGAACAUUCCUCCACAACACUCUGUUCAUCAUCAAGGAAACUCUUCUACACCUAGAGAGACCGGAAACACCUCAAAGACGACGUUGGUCGACGAGAUCCCUAUGUCAGUUCCCUCUCUAAUGACGGGUUUGAGUCAAGACGAUGACUUUGUCCCAUGGCUGAACCAUCAUCACCAUCACCAUCAUCAAUCCUUAGAUGGAUAUUGCUCCGAGUUCUUGCGUGACGUGUCUCCCGUUACUGUCAACGAGCAAGAGGAGGAUACGGAGAGAAGAAACAAUGGCAAUGGAUCAGCUUCUUCAUCGCGAGGGUAUAACAAUUCUCAAUCACAUCCUCUGUAUGGAACCGGUAGAGCUAGAGAUCCUGUUAGCCAACCAGAGACUACGCAGGAACCGUUAGUAACAACAAGUAACAAGCCUGGUUUGGUCAACUUUUCGCACUUCUUACGCCCUGCUACUCUGGGGAAGAGUACUAAUAAUAACAACCCUCAGGGCUCUAAAGAGAAGAGUCCUCAAACAACCCCGCCUAAUGUUUUUCAGACCAGAGUUCUUGGAGGAGCUAAAGACUCGGAAGAUAAGGUUGUAAACGAGUCUGUUGCUUCUGAUAUGCCUAAGGAUAACCAAAAGGCUUCAGAGGACUCUGGUAGAAAAGAGCAAGAGAGUGAGAAGGCCGUUGUGUGUUCUUCUGUUGGGUCUGGUAAUAGUCUUGAUGGGCCAACAUCUGAAAGUCCUUCACUUUCUGUAAAAAGAAAGCAUUCGGAUGUUGACUGUCAUAGUGAAGAUGUUGAUGGAGAAUCAGGAGAUGGAAGAAAAGAAACAGCUCCAUCUCGGACCGGCACUGGUUCAAAGAGAAGCCGCUCGGCUGAAGUACAUAAUCUAUCUGAAAGGAGACGGCGUGAUAGGAUUAACGAGAAGAUGCGUGCUCUUCAAGAACUCAUACCAAACUGCAACAAGGUGGACAAAGCUUCAAUGCUAGAUGAAGCAAUCGAGUAUCUCAAGUCACUUCAACUUCAAGUACAGAUCAUGUCUAUGGCUUCUGGUUACUACAUGCCACCGGUUAUGUUCCCACCGGGUAUGGGCCAUUACCCGGCUGCAGCAAUGGCGAUGGGUAUGGGAAUGCCAUAUGCAAUGGGCUUACCUGAUAUGAGCCGUGGCGGUCCCUUGGUUAACAAUGGACCACAGUUCCAUGUCCCGGGGAUGCAACAACCAGUGGGGAUGGGAAUUCCACGUGUCUCUGGUGGUGGUUUCUUCACGGGUUCUUCUUCAACGAUGGAGAUGAAUAAGAGUGAGGAUGGUUCGACUAGAGAUUUAUCGGGUGCUGCUAAAGAUCAAACGACGACAAAGGACAACAAUAGCUUGAGACCUAUUAAGAGAAAACAAGCUUCUUCUGAUCAGUUUUGUGGAUCAUCGUGACAUAAACACAAGCUUAAAAGACUGAUACGUUUAUGUAUUAUCGAUAGCAUUCAAAUAAAUCGGCUCUGAAACCCAUAAAUAAAUAAGGUUAGUUUGUGUUCUUCAAUAAUUAAAGAGCUUUUUGUUGCUUCUGUUCUCUAUAAUUUUCUUUUGUAAUUAGAAAGACUUGAAUUUAAUAUUUUCUUUACACGUAGAAUCUGUUGUUGGUAACA